AGACUGAAGUGAUGCCGCAUGAAAAUUUCUCUGUUGUGUUAUACAGGGCAUGAAAGAUGACUAGCUCCAUUCUGCACGCACUGAGCAUCCUAACUAAACCCGCCGGAGAGGUUUCUGUCAGCCAGGCGGAUGGCUCCCAGCAGCAGGCGUUGCUGGAUGCCCUGGAGGCCAACCAGAGGCAGCUCCAGGAGCACCUGCAGGGCCUGCUGCAGGGAGAACCAGAGGUGGCCCAGGCUCUAGAGGCAGUACGGAACCAGCACCAGAACCAGAACCAGAACCAGAACCAGGCCGACUGGGCCAGGGAGCAGACGGACGACGUGACCUGGAGCUUUACCCGCGAGUGCCUGGUGCUGCUGCUAGGGCUGGCGCGCCACCUGGCCAAGCUGAGGGAGGCCUUCGAUCAUGCCCAGCAGAGCUCGCUGGCAUCCACCUCAGACGCCGCGCCUCCCCUGCCCCCCGAUGUGCUGAGCGUGUCCCAGCAGAGGGCGCUGUGCGCUGGGCUGCAGUUCGCCGUCACCCUGGGCCUGUGCCCGUACCUGGUGCCGGGGGUGGGCGUGCCGUUGGCGCGGCGCUCUGCUCUGGGGGCAGCGGUGGAAGGGGCGGUGAGGGGAGACGUGUCCCCGUCUCCCGAGCGGCGUCUCCUGGUGACGGCCUGCGCUCUGCUGGAGCUGGGCGCCGUGCCGUCCCUGGCCACCGAGCUCUUCACCCGACACCUGGGGGACGUCAUGGCCGCCCUCUGCCAGCUGGGACACCGCCCCCAGAGACCUGAGGGGGGCGCUGUGCUCUCUGAGAAGUGUCUUAGUGCUGACGAACGCAGGAAGUGCAGGGAAGCUUUGCAAAGCCUAAUGGGUAAAGUCUAUCAGCCAAUCGUCAUCAAGGAGCUCUUGAUUCUUCAAGGCGGCCCAAAACAGAGCCGUGGGGGCCCCAGUGCCGGCCCUGGUCCAGGCCCAGGUGGGAGUGCAGGUGGUGGGGGGAGAGCUGCUCUGCCACAGGCCCCUGCCUGGCUGCGCCGGUUGUGUGGGCAGCUGCUGUCUGAGAGGCUGAUGCAGCCCAGCGGGGUGCAGUAUGUGGUGCGCGCCAUCCUGCAGGGGGGCAGCGGGGGAGAUGCAGACUGGAGGAAGUGUGACGCUGUAGCCCGUAUCCUAUCGACGUGUCCCCAGCAGUCCCUCUCACCUGAGGCUUACUACAGCCAGGUCUGCCCACAGGUGAUAGAGUUGCUUCACUUCAAGGACAAGUUGACUGCUCAGCAGUUCCAGCGUGUGGCCACUAGAGCGGCGCUCACCAUAGUGGAGGAACAUGCUGAGUUUGCACAUCAAUUCCUGUUGGAGCCUCUUCUCAAACCCCUCCUCUGCUGUGCAAGUGUUGCAGGUGAGGGGGAGGACAGAGGUCCAGUGGAGGAGUGGGAGCUGAGUCGCUGUGUGGAUGAUGUCUACAAAGUGUGUGUGGUGGGGAACAGGCCUAGUGAGCCGCUGCUGAGUUCUCUGGCUGGAGUAUUCCCUGUCAUCUUUGACCUGUACUGCUUCACCAAGAAGAAUGUCUCCCACCUGCGCGCCCCCUGUCAGGAGAUCCUGCUAUGGCACCUCUCCCAGGCAGAGACUGGCCAGGCUCUCUGCCUCCUCAGGCAGGUCUGUGGUCUGGAGGAGGCACCAGGAGGAGGAGAAGGAGGAGGAGGAGUGGCGGCAGCAGGGUGGCAGUUCUCCCCAGGCAGCGAGGGUGGGGUCAUCCUCACACCUAAAGAGUCAAUCAGUGAUGAGGAUGAGGAGCUGUAUGAGCGUGUGUGUGGUGAGCAGUGGCGUGUGGAGUGCGUUGCUCAGCUACUGGGGGAGAUGAAGGACAGUGAUCUGCCAGCCACACUCUUCUUGCAGCUUCUACAGGCGGUGCUUUAG